UUCUGUUGGCCUUUCACUCUGGAAAGGAAAGGAAGAAAAUGAAUUUCCUGAGUCUUCAGAGGCAGAGGGCACCAUUGGUGACAGCUUUGCAUGGACUCGGAGGGGCAGGUUCCCACCUCUUCAGAUGCUGUCCCCCAGGCGCACCCACCACCACGGCCCCUCCGUCUGCAUCAGAGUCCACAGGUGUGGCCGUCCUCGCCCAACAUGCGUGUGCCAAUGAACCCAUCAAAACACUAGCUCAACAGACAUUCGUGGUUGGUGCACCGACAUGCCAGCAUUUGUGUAAACGACAGCAGUUAUUUCCAUUUGGGGAGCCCCUGACGGAGCAGAGAGGUGUGAAUUUGACAGCUAUAAAUGGCGCCACCAUCUCUGGAAUCUUAACACCGCUGCCCGACUCCCACCUAUGGCCAACCUGGGAGGCUUCGAGUCUCCUACUCAAGGUCCAGGAGAGGCUGCCCCCUCCAUCACUGUCCUGGGAUUCUCUACUUGCAGGCAUUGGUGAGACCUGAAGAGCCAUUAGAAAUUCUACUUUCUUGUCAUCUAAGUUUGAUGAGAGCCAGUGAUUCUGAAAAAAUGCAACAUCUGUAUAUCGGAUUUCAAGAAAAGAAAAUCAAGAGUGUGUAAAUAAAAGUUUAAACAAAGGAAUAAAUCUUUACCCAAAAGAAAGUGAUUACAGCUGAAUAGUUGAGUAAUGAAUGAAGAGCAAAUGAAUUAGAAAAUUCUUCCUAGCAUGUAUAUUCUGGACAACGUGUGCCGUUCAAAACACAGAGAAAUUAUAAAGGAGAAUUUCGAGGAAUUGGUGAAAAAUAUGAAACUGGUACAUAAUAUGCUUUCAGUUUUGUUACAGGGCAGGGAGAGGGGCAAACCCAAACCCCGCAAACCGGCCUGGUCUGAACGGGUUCUGCCAUCCGCCGCAUCAACACAAAACAUGGGAGACUUUAAUGGGGAGGAACUUUGAUACAAAUAGGAAACAACACAGGAAAGGCAAAGAAUCUAGUUUCUAAAGCAAGCACCCAAAGUGACCCGUCCCCUCGUGGGUAAAUGGCCACUCAGGCAGGAUGGGCCCAGAACAAGGCCCCAAAGCUGCCCCAAGUCUAAAGCAUCUUCCAGUGGGACCCACAGAAAAGGGUCAGAAACAACCAGACAAGCCCGGAAGGAAAAGUGCAAAAUCAACAUCAAGAUAAAAAACUGUCAUUGUCACCUCCCCACGGGUCUCACCCACAUCUGUGUCAUCCUGUCCACGACCACAAGACAAGCAUGAUUUCUUCACGUCUCUCGGCUCCAUGUGCCUCCUCCAGGUCUCCUCCUGGCUCCAUCCUGCUUCCUUCCUUCUCAGUUUCCUCUGCAGCUUCUUCUCUCCCUGCCCAGCUCCACCCUCCUAUUGGGUGGGGCAGGAAACCUGGAACCUCCCCCUUUCCUGGGGACCCACCGUGACAGUUUCACAAUGUGGAAUUAGAAUUUAUAAUAAUCCAUAAUUAAAUAAGUACUUGUUUUUGAGAGAGAAAGUAAUCUGUUUAUU